AAUAUGUACACUUGACUACCCAAAACCACACCCUCCUCUGUAUUUCAGCUGCCACUACUGAAAAAUACUGUGAACCAAACUAGCCUCUUGUCAAGUUGUGUUGAUUGCUGACUCUAUUCUCCUUCUGGGUUGAUUUCAUUUCUUCAAUCAGAACCUGGGUUCUCUCUCUCUUUCUCUAUCUUUUCUUCUGAUAAACCUCUGAAAGGUUAUUUGUCAUGGAUUGGUACUACGGUUGUGGUUCUAAUGAUUUUCUUGUACCAAAAGAUCAAGAUUUAUUGGAUAGGCAUCCUUCACCAGACAGUUGGUCAAAAUGGGAAAUGAGUGCUUCUGAAGGCUAUAAUUCACCCACAAAGUUUUUGAUCAUGGAUACAAAUGCAACAGAGGUAGGAUUCAAUUUCACUGAUGAAAGUGUCAAUAAUGAAAUUGAGUUUGAACCUUCUGGGUAUGAUAAAGAUCAGUCUAGCAGCUCAAGUGUAUCUGGAGCUGAGCAAUCUUUUCAACAAACAGCGUUUUCAUGUGAUCAACCUAACUACCAGCUUCAAGACCUAUCAAGUUUCGAACAGAUGGAUGACAUUUUCUUGGAUUCGGUACUAGAAGAUUUUCCCUCUGUUGAAGACGUACACAAAUCCUUCUACUUUUAUCCUGAAAACCGUGGCAGCAAUUCACCUGGUGGUUUGCAGAAAGAUAUAGCAGCUUCAAAGUUUGUUCUAUGCCACUCAAGCUCUGAGGAUUGCAUGGAUGUAGAGACAGUAAAAGUCUUGGACCCUUUUGAGCAGUAUAGCGGAGAUGAGGCUAUGCAUGAGCAGUCAUCUGUUGAGAAAUCUACACUGCAGGAUCUUGAGAUGGUAACUGCACAGUUCACUGAGAAGACUCGCAUUUGUUUCCGUGACGCCCUGUACCGUCUUGCCAGAAAUACAAAACUACGGCAUCAUGUUGUGGAGGAUCUGGAUGGAGAUCUUAACAUGCAACAGUCAAUGCUACAGGCAGUUCACAAUGAAACCUUGAGGUCUGAGGACAAGAAACCAAUGGAAUCAGAGACCAACAUUGUUGACAGAGCUGUUGCAAAUCUCAUGUUCAACAAGAUGGAGAUUAACAUGCUAGAUCUUCCUCUUACAACCCUAUUAAACUUCAACCAAUAAGUUAAAGGAAGCAAAGGUCUUCAAGGAAAAGGCUCAAAAGCCUUGAAUGUGGCACAAAAUUUUCAUUAUCCUUGCCCCCAAGAGUUAGCAGGAGAUGCACUAAGGGACCAACAAAGAGCCACAAAAUCAGAUAUUGCAUAUGCAGAUCCUAUUAAGAUGCCUUGUCUCGAAUUCAUGAAGAAGGGUCAGUAAAUGUGUUGUUAACCGAGCCAACUUUUGAUGUUUUUUGUGUUGGGCUCAACUUCAUUACAAUUUUUCUGUGCAUUCAACCAUUGGGAUGACACCUCAUCAAGCCGUUUAUGGAAAACCACCUAUGCUGAUUCCUCAUUACCCGAGGCGUUUGUUGAAGGUGGUGGAGGCAGUGGACUCUCUAUUACAGCAACGUAAUGAAGUGUUAUGAUAAUAAGCCGAUACAAGAACCCC